AUGAGGAUCAUCCCAUAAUAAGUUAUUUAUAUUCGAGCAUUUAUACACACGCUUUAUUAUGUGGCAACCCAUGGAUGAUGGUCGGUCUAUGUUUGUUGGCAAAUUACGACAUAAUGGGUUAGUGGGGUAAUUCAUCAGACGACCUGUGGGGCAUGCACAUGAAAAUAACCAUGACCGAUUUAUGCACAAGAAGCAGGCGACCAGCGCAAACUAAGAAGACAUAGAUUAUUGCUAUGCAAUAAUCGAUACUGGUCGAAUGAGACGUGGCAAUGACGCUAAUUACACGCUAAAGUUAUAUAUAAACUCAGAAGCGACUUGAAGAGAAAGAAACAGCAACUCUACACCAUGUCCAUGAUUCCUCGUUUACCUCCAUUACUAUUGGCACUCAUCGGAGGAGCUUCGGUGUACGGCAUUAAGGUCAUUUUAGACCGCUUAGAGCCUAUGGCAAUUGGUCCGCCUGGAUCUUCGGAACAUGCCGAGAAAUUGAACAAAAUUAAGAUCUUUGCUCGUCGUGGUGGGAUUGCCAUGGCAGCAGCAGGAACGAUUUAUGCAGGCGCUUGGGCAUAUGGUAAACGAACACAUCGACCCACCCCAGCUGCUUCACAUACUGACGGUAAUGAAGAAGGGUUUUACAGCGAUCAGUACAGUGAUCGUGAACAGCGAUUCCGUGCAGAAACAGAAAAAUUGAAACAAGAACAACAACAGAAAGAACAACAUGCGCGCUCGCGGUUAGCAGCAGAGCAAGCUUCUAUGGAAAAUAGAACAUCCUCAUCAUCACCAUCGUCAUCACCGCAGCAGCAAGGAUGAGAAUAAUACUAUUUCUUCGCUUCCUUUGACAGGCAAAGAAGGGUGCAAUUUCUAUGUAUAUAUAUUUUGCUAUAUUUUUUAACAUAGUAAUUGGAUUUAAAUCCAACCAAGCUAAUAUUUAAUCCUCUUUGUUUUGUAUUCUUAAGCGUAAAUAAAGCUUACAAUGUAUCCUUAUUUCUUAAAAAAUGUGUGUCCCAUGCAGAUGUACAAACACGAAUGUAUUAUUAGCAAAAAUUCAUGCAGGAAGAUAAAGAAAUUUUCGUAUAGUUGAAAAGUGGCCGAGCAGUAAAAUUCCCCACGUAAGUUUAUGUGUCACCGUA